AUGUCGAAAUCAGAGUCUUCGUCGCAAGAGGUAGCCGGAGGUGCCAGUACCAGCCGGAGCGCAACGGUGCCCGUGCUAGAACAACUGAAAACUGGCUCGCAAGUUAUUGUAGGGAAUCACCGAGUGGAGAUCGUGGGAUACCUAGCAGAAGGCGGAUUCGCACAGAUAUACAUUGUUAAGUUUGUGGAAUAUGCGAACGAGCUGGAAAAACAGCCUGCGAUCGCUCUAGCUAUGGGAGAAGUGGCGUGUUUGAAGCGUGUGCUGGUCACGGACGAAAACGGGCUCAAUGAGAUGCGAAACGAGGUCAGCGUGAUGAAACAGCUGUCUGGCAGCGCGAACGUGGUGCAGUAUUACGACUCACAUGCGUCUCGGUCCCGCGACGGUAGUGUCGGUUUCGAGGUGAUGCUUCUGAUGGAGUUGUGCCCGAACAAUUCGCUGCUGGACUACAUGAACCAACGAUUGGCCACGAAGCUGUCGGAGGGAGAGAUUGUCAAGAUCAUGUUCGAUGUGAGCCGUGCACUUGCACAAAUGCACUACUUACCGGUGCCCCUGAUACACCGCGACAUCAAGAUCGAAAAUGUUUUGGUGGACGCCGACAACAAUUUCAAGCUGUGCGACUUUGGGUCUACCUCUACAUGCUUACCCGUGGCUAACACGCACCAGGAAAUCGCGCUUUUGACCAACAACAUUUACAUCCACACCACACCACAGUACCGCUCUCCGGAAAUGAUCGAUCUUUACAGGUGGCUGCCCGUAGACGAGAAAUCGGACAUCUGGGCCUUGGGUAUCUUUCUGUACAAGUUGCUAUUCUACACCACGCCAUUUGAGCUUACGGGACAAUUUGCCAUUUUGCAUUCCAAGUACGAGUUUCCAGUCAACAAUUACUCCUCCAAAUUGAUAAACCUUAUCAUAAUUAUGCUUGCCGAAAACCCUAAUUUGAGGCCCAAUAUCUACCAGGUGAUGGAUAUCCUGUGCUCCAUUCUGAAGAUACAAAAUCCGAUAGAAGAUAAAUACCAGCAGGGACCGUACAGUUUCGACAAAUAUGCUCAGUACCAGGCGAAAUUGCAAAGAAUACAAUACCAAAUGUAUCUGUCCUAUGAGAAUAAGGAGCGCGUCGAUUCCCUGAACGAUCUUUUCAUCAACUGCUUUGAGAUUGCCCCUAAACAAGCGGUGAACAUGGGGCGGAAAAGCAGCGCUUUGUCGGAAACGUCGGAAGCUUCAAAAAGUGGUCCUGUAGGGGCAUUGGCAACUCCUAACCGGAGUCAACCCAUAGGGGAAGAAGACAUUGGCCUGGUACAACAGCAAUUUCCUUCUGUGGAAGACCUGGAUACGUAUCUACACGACGGAGGCAAGCGAGAAAGUGGAAGACACAAUUUCAACACAACGACCAGUCUUGGCACUGGUUCGCAUUCCUCAAGUAAGAUCGACCUAGUCAAACCCUCUGAUGAUAUCAAACAACAAGGGCAAAGUGUCUUGCCCCCUGUCGCACCCGCAAAGAUUCCACGAGACGCAACUGCUAAAUCAUCGGCUUCGACCAAACAGCACAAAUCAAUGAACCCUUUCCCUUACAUUCAGCCAGAGAACUACGGUGUGGAUAGAGAUACGAAUCCAGUUUUUGAUAACGACAGCUCAAAAAAAGAAGUUGAUUCGCGUUAUUUGGAGUCUAAAAUCCAUCAGGCUAUUCCCGGCGUGCCGGCUCAAAGCCAGCCGCAAACCUCAGGCUCCCAUUCUGAGCAGCAGGGAGGAAUACCUGCAUUUCAACAUUCGCGUCCAGAUGUUGAAAUGAUGCGCUCCUACCACCCGUAUUAUGGUGGAACUCCGACUCCAAUGGCAGAUAACACAGUGGAAAAACCAGUAACGUCUCACUACCCGUACCAGACUUUGGGAGAGAAACCUGAAGCACAACAUCAACCCCUACUUCAACCUCAGCGACCGGCUCCUGCUUUGAAUUCGCAGCAGCCCCAGGUUGUUUUACAACAUCCUCAAGUCAAUCAACAGAAGCCGUCUCACGCACAUGAGAACGAACAAUUGCUAGUGGACUUUUCGGAAGCGAAUAAAAAGGAGUUCCAAAAACUGGAUUUGACUUACGAUAGCGUUGACCUGUCGACCCCAACCAAGGGUGGCACUAAAGACAGUGCCAACUUAUCGGAGCAAAGUCUUGCCUCGACUGAAAGCAUCCCCGUGGAAUUGCGUCGGAAGGCACCUGUUCAAAACACUACAUUGAGCGAAAAAUCUACAAAAUCAUCUAAUCCGUCCCAGCCUGCCUCUGGCCGGCGUUCUUUGGAUUUGAAAUUUCAAGAACUGAAUUUCUCCGCCUCUCCUUCCGUGGAUACAAAAUUGCGGAAGACCAAAACCGUAUCUAACCAGUCGCGGAGAUCCAACAACGGUGGCAGCACCAGCGACUCGAAAAAAUCCUUUGCUCAUGGUAGAAAGUCCCUGGACUUGGACCAUUUUAAACGUGAAACCACUCUCAGCACUGAGAACAACGCCAGCAAACGCAAGUCGUUCUUCGGCAAGUUUAAAGGCUGA